UCUCAUCAAUAAAUAGGGUGCUCCGAAACCUCUCCAACGAUGCGCAACGACGCCUUGGCCUGCCACAAUCCGACCAUAGUUGCCUUAGUACUGCUGCGGCAAUUGCAAGUGUCAAUACACUAUCUGGGCACCAGGCAGGGGACAUUAGUCGCACCAUUAUCUCUUCUCCCCCACCUUCUCCCUCACAUCUGGCCAUAUCUACAGCUUCCCAACUUGUUGGACCUCAUGUUGGAUUUCGUGGUGGGCCUACGCCAUCGGAAUGCAUAAGCUCCACAAACGGCCAUUCGCAAAGUAAUUGUGAUGGCUUGUCAUCCUCCGGACUGAUCUCUGGCUUCUCAGCAAACUGCUCACCUGCCAAUUACUUGACGGGCCAAGCAAUCAAUCAUCUCAAUGGUUAUUCCAAUCUGCCUCUCCAAGCCCACACACAAGCCUUCUCAUUGCAGCAUCAACAGCUGAAUGCUCACAGUCAGCAUAAUCAACAACAUCAGCCUUCUAUGCUUCCCCACAGCCUGGAAUCUCAACAACAUCAUCAGCAUCCUAGACAGUACCAACAACAGGUUACACCAUUUUCGUCCAUUAAUCUACGUUUUCCAUCUACGUCGUCUAUAGUCUAUCCAGCCAGCAGCUCAUAUGGAAGCAAUGGACGAUCGAGUGUUUCCGUUUACAUGCCGAAUACACUCACAAAUGACUAUCAGUUACCUUCAGUCUAUUCUGCAACCAAUUCGGAUGUGCCCGCCACCUCCAUUCAUCACUCUCCAACAUGUACAGCGCCUGCAGGACAGACUUUACCUCCUUCCCUUAUUAGAUCGCCAGUAGAAAGCGAGUCAGUUUCGUCUCAGCGAUUGCAUGCCCCAAUGGCCAUAUCCUCUACAGGCUCUGCCAUUUUAGAGCAGUCCAAGCCAUCAACAGCAUCUGAGCUUCUGUCACUUAACCCUCUUCAUGCAGUCUCCGAAGCCAAGCCGGGUGGCUACGCUGCCUCUUCCGCCGGUCAAGACAGUUCGGAAGCCUUGCAUUCUACCUCGCCCUCUGACGGGUACAGCACAAUCCGACCCGUGACAUUGAGUGAUUCCGCCAACUCUACGGGAUUCUUGCUCAACUCUACCCCCUUUAAGACUACUUUAGAAACAGGCAUACAGCAUUUUCAGCUGCAACAGCCCACCAUUCCGAAUACGCGCAACGUACCGGCUUCCAAGUCAGCCAACCCCUCUUCAUUCUGUCUGCUGGACCGGCAGGAUUAUUAUCCGGCCAGUGUUAGCUCACCGGGAAGCACCAAACUGACCAGUUUCAUCGGACAAUGUGUAGCGAGCGAGUCAAGCAUUUCCGGCAGUGUCUACUCACUCGGCGGAGAAAGUAGUGAGGACCAUGUUUCUAGUUACUACGACGAAAGAGUCCGUUCUAACCCAGUAGAAACCAGCCGAACAGUGGACACUUCUGACUCCAUUCAUCCUGCCUCAUCUGCAUCUGACAGUUAUCUCGCCAAUACUCGCUCAUUGACUGGACAGGUUGAGGCCAGGACAUAUCCAAACUCGCUGCCCAUUCAAGCCUCGAACCCGGUUGCGUUGCUAUCGGCGGAUAACGUAAAUUCCACAUAUACACCAAAUUCCAAUAUUUCUGCCGCUGCGGCAGCAGCAGCCGCCGUGGCUGCGGCAGCCAAUCAUCUUGUCUACGAUAGAUUUUCCAGCCUUUUGCAUCCAGCCUCAUGGUCUUCCUGGUACCAACAGCACCAUCAAUACCACCAGCAGCAGGUGCAACUGAGAAAAUCAGGUUCCCACUCCGAGCACAAGGCUGGCGUCGAGAAUUUUACAGAUUUUGAGUCAACUGGAUUUGGUUUUCAGACCCAAACUCUUCAGCAUCAACAACCUCAAACAUCCUCUCGGGUAAACAGCUUUCAGGUACCCGACGAAGGAGAGAUUCUUCCGGGCACUGUUCUUUUCAGGCGAACUUCAAGGCCUGAAUGUUAUGCUGAUAUAUCGGGUAAUUUGGCUGCGAGCAACUCGUGUGAACGUGAGGCUUACCGGACAUAUUUAGAGGUAGCACCUACAUCAAAGACUAAUGUGGAUGGUCAACUUGCAAGAAUUGAAGGCUCGAACGAGAGCGGCCAUGCGUAUCAUAAUGAAACACUGUGCUGUCACGUGAAAACACAUUGUUCGGUUAACUCAGGAGGCAAAGACCUGCUUACACGCAAAAAGCUCGAGCCGAAGGAAGAUGAUCAUGAGGCAAAUGAUGCCCAGGAGGGAGAGAGUGAAGAAGAAAACCAGAAUGAAGAAAUGAUUGAACAAUCGGAGAGUGUGAUAGAACUUCGAGACGGAGACGAAAUGUCGUUGUGCGGCAAACGUCGAAGAGUAUUGUCUGAUCCGUACUUUAAAGUAUUCAAUGCAAAUGUCACUGCCAAGAGUAGUGUAAAUUGUGAACAGGAUCAUAUUAAAGUUGAAAAGAUGGGUAAGAAAGUUAUUUGUUUUAUCCCUUUUGUGUGA